GUAUUCGAUAAUAAUCGUAAAAUCCGCGGAGAGAGAAAACAGCUGAUAUUCUGUUUAUUGUACUCCUGAAAAUGGUAAACAUCAAUUCAAAUUUUAGGAAUUUGAAAUAUAUGCAUUUGCAUCAAGCUCUAAUAAAAUUAAGACCUCUUGAGCAAUACUAUAAUAUCACGCUUGAAAAUAAAUUGGAGACCCAGAGUGAUGUGCAAAAGAUCUGUGAAGGUUUUUCUAAGGCACUUAAAAAUGACUUGAGCUUAGAGGAAAUAACGUCGUUAUAUUCUGCUGCAAUUAUGUUGCUACUACUGAGUGAUCCCGAAAUACAGAAUCGACGUAUUGAGCUACUGAACGACUGCUUAAACUAUUCAGAUACAUUAAAGCCGACAAUGAUUGACUACAUAACUCGGGAAUUAAUUGAAUACUUUAAAUAUGUAGCUAGCCUCGCGGAGAGAAGUACGGAAUAUGACUAUAUGCAUUAUUUCCUAUGGGCCAUGCCGCAUAUAAUCACAGCGAGCGAGACAGGGAAAAUGAUUUCAUUGGGCCUGUUGCGAUCUUUUAUAGGGGAAUUGGCAAACCGGACUCCAAUUGUUAUGCACAUUUAUAGAAACAUUUCAGAAGUCUGGCAAAUGAUAAGAACUAUAAAUGUGGACACAAUUUUGGACGAAUGGUCAAUACAUAAAAUUUAUGUAUUGAUAAAAAGCUUCAGUUUAAUUUUGUCAACGGCUGCGCUUAACAACAAAAAUUCGGCUUUAAAGCAAGCUGGAUAUCGGGGUUUCGAAUUGCCUCAUGUUGAGAUAGAGAAUGAGAUAUCACAGUGGUUCAAAACACUUAGAAAUAAGCUGAAAGAUAAGCACAAAGUGGACGGAACGAAGUCCAUCUUAAUGUUGGUACGCUUCAUUGACUACAAUUUACUAAGCUUUUUGGCAGAAGGAAGUAGUGAAGUGGCUUCAGAGACAGGCAAUGAGACGCCUCUUAAUCGAAUCAGCUUUUAGAUUUUAGAAUAACAAUACAAUUC